UCAGUAUUGUUGAAACUGCUCUCGUACAGUCCCUCAAAAGCGAAUCCGUGAAGUGCACAGGUCAGUUUCAGCACCAAGGACAGGUACACCUACUCACCCGCACAUAAGAGCACGGAGGGACCCAGUGACUGCGGCGGAGCUGCGGCUUCCUCAGCAGCAUCAGCAUCUCCAUCGACUCUCAUCUUUUAGGAGACUAGUGCCUUGACUUGCAAGACGAGAAAACGGCCCGAAUAUAUCGGCUUGGAGUUUUUCAGAGACGGAAAUUGAAUUUGGUCCCUGCAUAGAAGAGGCAAUGACGUCGUAUCCAUCACUAGCAGCUUGUUUUAUUUUAUCAUGUCUAUUAUGUAUGAUGGGUGUGGUCACUGCAACAGACCCAUAUCAGAAACCUGGCUUCUUGGAUUUUGACUCCUGGUUUUGGAACACCCCUCGAGGGCCACAGAUGUACUCCUGCCUUACCUACAUAGAGAGGAACCUCCGAGUUGACUGUGAAUUCCCAGAGACCCACAAGAUCCCGGGGCCAUUCUGCGAAUUCAAACAGGAUGGGCGACUCAUGGGAUCCACCUACCCAAACAACCCGGUCCACCUGAUCCCACAUAUUGAGACCCGACGCCGAGCCAAUGUCUCCCUGGUGCCACCUAACAUUUGUCGCCUCACAUGGAUGCCUAUGUCCGAUGACCGUGCGUACACCUACACCUGCAGGGUUUAUCAGGGCAACACCUGGAAGGAGAACAGCAUGGCAUUCCAUCAAAGAAAUCUUCUGGUGUGCUCUGCAUUAAGCACAUUUUUUCACACUGGACCAUGGAUUCUUGCAGUUGUCAUAUCACUUCCUGUUUCUCUUGGGUUUCUGUCAGCAUGACCAGCCCUACAUGAGCAACCUAAAC